AUAAGCUUGUAUGGCCACUUUCUAGUUGCCCUAGAUACUAUCAUCUUUUUAAAAGAGGAUAAUAGUGGUUACUCACUUACUGGGUGAAGACUUAUUGGUCAUAACUCAUAAGUCAACGGCUACCUACUUUGAUAAAACAAUAUCAAAAUGCAGAAGCUUAGAUAAACUUGCUGCAAAAUUUCAAGCCACACACUCUCUCUCGCCAUCCACACACGCACGUUAUAAGUUCGGCAGCUAAAAACAACCUUCGUCUUCAGUUUUCUGUAUAUAUUUUUCAUCUCCUUUUAAAUCUGACAUAUAUUUACAAGUCCUUAACAAAUCAGUGACACAACCGGCGUCCGCCGUCACCAUGGAAGCUCUCAAAGCUUCCACUUUCCCUUUUCUUCACCGCCCGCCGAGAAGCCACAAAAUCCUUAUCCAAAAGUUCGUUGCACCAACUCGGACCUUCACUAAACCUCAUCCGCUCAUUCGCGGGAAUACCUCGAAUUUCAGGAUUUUCAGCGCCAUUUCCCCGACUGAGGAGUUGCAGUCACCCGAUCAGGAAAUCCAAUCGGAGAAGAGAGACGAUAAGUUCGACUGGUACGCAAACUGGUACCCGGUGGUUCCGGUGUGCGAUCUCGACAAGAGACGGCCACAUGGGAAGAGGGUGAUAGGUAUUGAUUUAGUGAUUUGGUGGGAUAGAAAUGAGAGCGCGUGGAAGGUGUUUGACGAUAGUUGUCCGCACAGACUGGCUCCGUUGUCUGAAGGGAGGAUCGAUCAGUGGGGGCGAUUGCAGUGUGUGUACCAUGGCUGGUGCUUUGGUGGCGCCGGUGAAUGUAAAUUCAUUCCUCAGGCCCCGCGUGACGGCCCUCCGAUUCAUACUUCCAAGAAAGCAUGUGUAGCUGUUUAUCCGAGUUGCGUGCAAAAUGGCAUUCUUUGGUUCUGGCCAAAUUCAGAUUCACAGUGUAGUGACAUAUUUUCGAAGAAGAAACCACACUUUAUCCCAGAACUUGAUGAUCCUACCUACACCAAUCAGAUGAUAUGCAGAGACAUACAAUACGGGUAUGAAGUUCUAAUUGAAAAUCUUAUGGACCCUGCUCAUUACCCGAGAGAUAAGUUUCUUGUGGCUAACGGUAAAGUGUCGUGCACUUUGAAGGCCGAUAGGGAAGGAGGUAGACCGCUCGAAAUAAGUGUUAAGAAACUAGAUAUAAAUGGGUUCACUGCAAAGCAGAUUUUCGGGGAAAACUAUUUCAUUCCGCCUUGUCUCUACUAUGGCUAUUUCAGUCCUGGAGGGGGUCAGACCACAAAUAAGACGUCAUCAACUCCAAAAUUUGGUGUGCUGUCAUCAGCAGUUCCCCCCAACAGAAGAGCUCUGCUUAUUUUUUACUGUAUUCCAGUCAGCCCUGGUCAUAGCAGAUUGAUAUUUGCAUCCCCAAGAAACUUUGCAGUCUUGAUAGAAAGAAUUUUCCCACGUUGGAUAUUUCAUAUUGGGCAAAACUUAAUCUUAGAUUCCGAUCUCUAUCUUCUCCAUGUUGAGGAACGCAAAUUGGCGGAUAUUGGUCCCCUCAAUUGGCAUAAUUCUUGCUAUGUUCCAACAAAGGCGGAUGCUCUUGUGGUCGCAUUCAGAAGGUGGUUAAACAAGUAUGGAGGGACGAAAGUUGACUGGGGAAAUAAAUUUAGCGGAUUAUUGCCACCCACUCCUCCUAGAGAGCAGCUGUUAGACAGGUAUUGGUCUCAUACAGUUAGUUGUAGCAGCUGCAGUAUUGCUCACAAGUGUCUGAACGUGCUUGAGAUAGCCAUGCAGAUUAUCUCGAUUUCUGCAAUCGGAUUAGUUGCAGCCGCCAAACAGGGCAUAGUCUCUGUUUCUGCAAGAUACAUUGUGGUUUCUGUUGCGGUUCUGUGCUUUAUGGCUUCAAAGUGGCUGUCGCAUUUUAUUUACAAGAAUUUCCGGUACCAUGACUAUGACCAUGCCUUCCGUUAAGACUAGUUUGCUUGUAUAAAUAUAAGCAGCAGUACAUUUUGAUGGCGCAAAAACCAAUCUCUCGUGAAAGAUCAAGCAUGUGGACAUAUAUGACAACUGAUUUGAAUUCUUUGACUUACAUCAUAUAAGAAUAUAGUACCAAAAACAUGUCAUAAAUAAAUAGAGAAGAAUUGUGAUAUGUAUAUGCAUGUAGGAGUUUGGAUAAUUUUCUUUUAUUAGAUUGAAGAAGCAUACCAAUUGGAUUUUAAACAAAUAUAAAUAUAAAAAGGCAAUAUUAUAUCUUUU